GUUAAUUGCAAAUCAAAUGUUAAAUCAGGUACCAUUGCCCAAAUAAAUUGCGCACUGCAGUACGUGAAACCUAAAAGUCAGCAAAUAUAUAAAACUUUAAAUUGUCAAGAAGAUGGUACAUGGGAUUACCUUCCCUUUAAAUGUGAGCAAAUUUGUGGUGGGUUUGACAAAACCCCUGACAAUUUAAUUAAUAUUAACAGUCGUUUAAGAAAACCCAGUGACGUACCAUAUCACGUUAACAUAUAUAAAAUAGAGAAUAGUGAAUAUAUGCAUACAUGCGGUGGAACAAUUGUUCAAUCGAAAAUUGUGUUAAGUGCUGCUCAUUGUUUUUGGAAUGAUGAAAAAUCACUCUUUUAUGAUAAAUCAAAAUAUAUUGUUACAGCUGGAAAAUUCCAUCUUGACUAUAAUUCCGAUAAAGAAACAUUUGAAGUGCAGAGGGUGCUUAUAUCUAAAAUUGAUGUACCAAAAACAUUCCGCGGGUCUGAAAAUAAUUUUGAAGGUGAUAUUGCAGUUUUGACUCUUGAUAAUCAUAUUAAAUUUAGUGAUCAUGUUAUCCCAAUAUGUGUUUUAUGGUCAACUGGAUUUGGACAAUUUAAUCCAAAUGGUCUAAGCGGUUACGUCGUUGGUUUUAAUAGUAACGAUUCUUCAACCAAUGGCCAUUUAUUGCGAGAAGUUCCUCUUACUGGAAUUGAUACGCAAAAAUGCCAAAAAUAUGAAAAUGUAGCAAAUUAUAAAAUUCCAGAUGAUAAAUUUUGUGCAUAUUCUGAAAAUAAAACGGAAAAUAUUUGUUCGAGAGAUGGCGGUGGAGCAUUUACAAUAUAUGAUCGAGGACAACUUUGGCUCGGUGGAAUUUUCAGCAAUAUAAUAACACCAAAUACCUCUUACCAUUCUGGCUGUGACGAAACUUUGAUUAGAACGUUCACAAAUAUAUAUUCUCAUGAAUCUUUCAUCAAAAACGUAAUUAGCAAUUUAUCUCAAGCCGAUUAGAAGCUAACUGAUACUGCUACUACCACUAUUUCUACUAAAUCCGUUCACAUGCAUUAUUAAUUAUAUUUUUAGAACAAUUCAGAUUAUUUUAUUAUUAAGCCGAAAUAAUAUUUUAUUAAGGUAAAAUCUUAAUAUGUAGCUUGAUUUUUCUGAGUCACACGAAUUUUUUUAAAUUUUUAUGAAAAAC